AUGGGCCUUGGAGUCCUGGAUACGAAGUCCACGCAUGUCCCAGGCACAUCCGAUAUAUACGAGCAGGACAACAAUGUGAACGACCGGCUUCCCAAUACAUCAGGCCUCAAAUGCGACUGGUCGGGAAAUCAGCCCAUUAUCCUUGUCCCACAACCAAGCGAUGACCCGAACGAUCCGUUGAACUGGCCUUUAUGGCGACGCGAUGUAAUCCUCGCAAUUCUCUCCUUCGUGACCAUCCUAUGUACCGCCCUGAGCUCCAUUCUAGCCGCGAACACUGCCACCAUUGCAGACUAUGAGGAAAUAACAUACACGGCAGCCGCAUUGUUGACCGGCUAUCACCUGUGCGGUGUCGGCGUAGCGGGUAUUUUCAUUGUACCAACCGCUCGAGUCUGGGGUAAACGCCAUCUGUUCCUGAUCGGACAUGUCUUGAUGAUUAUCAGUUGCAUCUGGUCGGGCGUCAGUGGCAAGAACGUGAAUAGUCUUUUGUGGUCGCGUAUUUUCCAGGGUGUUGCAUUGGCACCGUUCGAGGGGUUGGUGAAUGCCUGUGUAGGAGAUCUGUAUUUUGUCCAUGAACGAGGCAAGCGUAUGGCUGUGUCUAAUGUUGCUCUAUUCGGCGCAGCCUUUCUCACUCCUGUCAUUGUUGGCAAGGUCACCAAGUCUAUGGGAUGGCAAUGGUCUUUCUACUUUGUGGCAAUAUUCCUAGGCGCUUCACUGCCGUUUAUGUUUUUCUUUGUGCCUGAAACUGCUUUCCGGCGCGCUGAUCACUUGAACACGGAUUUUAAGAGUACCAGUGGCCGCGAAGAGUCCUCGCUCAGUGGAGCUUCUAAUGAAGAGACUAAGGAGCUGACAUCAAACCCAAGGUUGAGUGGACCUUCGAGGACCACUCAAGCCGCGACAAUAAUCCCCGAGAAGGACUCUUUUGCUAAAACGCUCAGGCUCUUCAAUGGAAGGAAGACAGACGAGAGCUUCUUCAAGCUGCUUCUCCGUCCUUUUCCUUUGUUUCUGCAUCCCGGAAUCCUUUGGGGCUGCUUGAUCCAAGGUGUUGUGAUUGGCUGGGCGGUAUUCGUUGGUGUCGUUCUGGCAAUUGUGUUCCUCGGACCUCCCAUGUGGUUUCAGGAAGACAAGACCGGAUACCUUUACACAGGCGCCUUCAUUGGUUCUAUUGUGGGUCUCGUUCUGUCUGGUCUCUUCACCGAAUUCAUGACCAGAUUGAUGAUCCGAUUCAACCAUGGCAGAUAUGAGCCUGAGUUCCGUAUAUUACUGGUGAUACCGCAGCUUAUCUUCUGCGGCAUCGGAUUAUAUGGUUUCGGGUGGACCGCGAAUGAUGUUGUCCGCUAUGGCUGGCUAUUGCCGGACGUCUUCUUCGCAUUCCUGAUCGUCGGCAUGGUUAUGGGGGCGGUUGCGGGAUCUCUCUAUAUUGUCGAUGCCCAUCGAGAGAUGGCCAUCGAGGCUUUUACGUGCAUGAUAAUUUUCAAGAACAUGUUCAGCUUUGUCCUGACCUUCUACGCCUAUGACUGGUUUGCCCAUGGAGGCAUUAAGCAUACCAUGGUUAUAAUUGGUAGCAUCCAAGUGGGAAUCUGCCUGUUGAGUAUUCCCAUGUAUGUUUUCGGGAAAUGGAACCGCUCUUUCUUUGCGCGUCAUGAUAUCCUCGAGAUGCUUCAUCUCCGUUAA